AUGAUCACUCGGGAACUGCUGGACAAAAAUGAGCCUGCGCAGCCGCUCCUACGUCAUAGCGCCGCGUCUUUGUCGCUGCAGACCAUCGCCUCUGCGGACGCGAACGAGAAGCCGAUAGAGAGUGUACUGGGUGUAACGCUGACCUUCAAGGACAUUACCUGCACGUUGUGCGAGAAACAGGGGGUAAAGCGGGAGAUUCUGCGCGGCAUUUCUGGCCACGUGCGCAGCGGCGAGUUACUUGCCAUUUUGGGGCCCUCUGGCGCUGGCAAGUCAACCCUGCUCGACAUCCUCGCCCAGCGUCAGGGGAAGGGGACGGUGGGGGGAAAAGUUUUGGUCAAUGGCAGCCCCAUCAAUCCUGGCUCUUUUCGCCGCAUCAGCGGGUACGUGCAGCAGGAGGACCUGCUGCGGAGUUAUCUGACAGUGCGGGAGAGCAUCUUCUUUGCAGCGCAGCUGCGCACGCCACCCUCCCUCACCAAGGCGGAGCUGCAUGCCCGCACCGAGCGCAUCAUGCGUGUUCUUGGCAUCGACAGCGUGCAGGACGUACAUGUUGGCUCGGAGGUGGUGCGGGGGAUUAGCGGAGGUGAGCGGAAGCGGUGCGCCAUCGCGAUGGAAUUGGUGGCGUCCCCGGACUUGAUUUUACUUGACGAGCCUACCACGGGCCUGGACGCCUUCACCGCGCUGCACCUGCUGACAACCCUCAAGGACCUGGCGCUUGCGGGCGUCGCUAUCAUCUUCUCCAUCCACCAGCCGCGCAGCAGCGCGUUUCGGCUCUUCGACCAAAUCCUGCUGCUGAACGACCGCGGCGAGGAGGCGUACUUUGGCCGCGCGCUAGGUGCCAUACCAUUUCUUGCCAGCCUUGGUAUCAUGCCGUCGCUGCCAGACAACCCGGCGGACUUCCUACUCGACACCGUCGCAGUGCCGCCGGAGGUGGACUUGCUGGACGGUGGUGAGUGGGUGCAGCGGUACCACGUCGUCUGCGCGUACGACGGCCCCGACGUCGCGAUGGCCUUUCGAGACAAGUUGUUGACGGGGGUGGAACAGGAGAUCGACGCCGUCAAUGACGCCUUCAGAGACGCAGAGACACAGCGCUUGCCACCCGCCGAGCUCUCGCCGUACUUCCGCGGCGUGUGGACGCAGAUCCGCGUGGUGGCCCUGCGGGCGGUGAUCAACAAAUUGCGUGACCCCAUUAGCACCUUUGCGACCAUCGUGGCCGCAACCUUCUUUGCGCUGUUGAUUGGCUCCGUCUACUUUCGUCUGGGGCUUGAUCAGUCGUCGGUGCGAAACCGCAUGGGGAUGCUGUUCUUCGUUGUGAUGAACACCACCUUCUCUAGCCUGGGCGGCCUCGGCCUGCUCAUGGCGGAGCGGGCCAUUUUUAUCCGGGAGCACAGCAAUGGGAUGUACCGCGCCGUGGCGUACUUCAUUGGGAAGAUUUUGCAGGAUGUGCCCAUCAGCGUGCUGGCGAACUUUAUGUUUGACGCGAUUGUUUACUUCAUGGUUGGGCUACAGCCCCGUGCUGACAAAUUUUUCCUGUUCUACCUUGUCUGUACCCUCACCAUGCUGAACAGCUACGCCCUCUGCCUUUUUGUGUCGAAUCUCUCACGGGAUAUGCAGGUGGCGAACAUCGUGGCGCCGCUCGUGUUUGUGCUGUACCUACUCCCCUCCGGCGGUGUGCUGAUGAGCGUCGACAACCUCCCUAUCAUCUGGCGCUGGAUCAAGUACGUCUCAUUUGUCCGCUACAGCCUUGAGGCGCUGGUGAUUAACGAGUUUGACGGCCUGAUGUUUACCUGCGCCGCGAAUGAGACGUACUGCGUGCGGGACGGAACGACGUACGCCGAGUUACAGGGAUUUCACGUGGCGGAUUUUUGGUGGACGGUCGCGGCUUCUGCAGGAAGCGUGGUAGUUUAUCUGGUGUUGGCCUACGCCGCCCUGGUGCUGCUGCGGACACGCAACGUCGCCUAG